AUGGUCCCGGCUGCCAGUGGGGCUCCACGACGUGACCGCUCCCCGCGCCCCGCCGGGGACAGCCAGGCCAACAACAGCGCAGCCCGGGACAGCUGCACACGCGACACAGCCGCCCCGGGGGAGCGGGGGCCGGACCCCAGUGAAAACCGAAACCGGCGGCACAGCACGGUGCAGUGCCGAGCCGAGCCGAACCGAGGCCUGGCGGCAGUGACCAGCAGGGUAGCACCCCCCCCAUCCGAGGGGAGCAGUGACCCCGGCCAAGACCCAGACUGGAAUCAAAGCUAUACAGACACUACAUCAGAAUUAUAUCUCCUCACUGUCAUGUGCUACAACUGCUACAUUGCCAUCUGCAAACCCCUGAAGUAUGAGACCCUCCUGGGCAGCAGAGUUUGUGCUCACAUGGCAGCAGCUGCCUGGGCCUCUGGGUUUCUCAAUGUUCUGCUGCACACAGCCAAUAUAUUUUCCCUGCCUGUGUGCCAGGGCAAUGCUCUGGGCCAGUUCUUCUGUGAUAUCCCACACAACCUCAAGCUCUCCUGCUCACACUCAGACUACCUCAGGGUAAUUGGUAGUGCUUGUUUAGCACUUAGUUGUUUCAUUUUCAUGGUUUUCUCCUAUGUGCAGAUCUUCAGGGCUGUGCUGAGGAUCCCCUCUGAGCAGGAACAGCACAAAGCCUUUUCCACGUGCCUCCCUCACCUGGCCGUGGUCUCCCUGUUCCUAAGCACUGGCAUAUUUUCUUGCAUGAACCCCCCCUCCAUCUCCUCCCCAUCCCUGGAUCUGGCCCUGUCACUUCUGUACUCGGUGGUGCCUCCAGGCCAGAUUAGUGAGAACUGGACUGAAGACAUGGAAGAUGUGGUGGUUGGGAAGUUGGUUGAAUGA